AUGUCAACCAAAUCAAAAUCAACAGCAUCAACCCCUGCAACAACAGUCAAAGAAAAAAAGAUGAAAAAGAUGGGAACAUCCAACAAAAAGGCACAGUCCAUCUCGCCAUCACCAUCCAACAAUAGUCUAUCAGAUACUUUUGUUGAGCCCACCAACGGUGAUGCCAACGAGUCGCCAGAGUCACAAGAGCAACAACGUGAGAUAUCGGUACCAAACUCGCAGCAAUCUGACACAUCAUCCAUCAUUGCCACCCCAUCUCCAGUCACUGGUGGUGACAGCGGUUCAACCACAUCAUCCAAUCUCGUCACACCAGUUAUUCAAAGACGCAACAAGGAGCCACAAUCUCCAGCCGAAGAAUCAACAUCCUCCAACAACAAGAGAAACUCGGGUGGCAAUUGUUCGUCGGAUCACGCCUCUGUUGCCCGUGCAGAUUCUUUUAGCGGUGCCGAUAUCAAUGUAAAUUCAUCUACCUCGUCGAUUGUUGAAAAGGUGACUCGCGAAAGCGGCGAGGCCGGCGACGACGACCAAGAACUCAAAAACUAUCUCAUAGCAAGCAACAUAUUUGAAAAAUACCUCUCACCCUCUUCGCCCAUCGAAGUCAACCUUGACUAUCGCACCUUUAUAGACAUUUCGAAAAAGAUCCAAAACCGACAGAUCUUCCAGAAACUCUAUGACCGUGCCAUCAAGGAAAUAUUCGAUGUCAUCAACAAUGACAGUUACCAUCGUUUCAAAGCAACCCCUCUAUUCAAAUCUUUGGUUGUACAAGCUGAUCAUCUUGAAACUCUUCCACCUCAAGAAGAACCAACAUCAACAACAUCCGAACCAAACAAUGAAAAAAAACAAAAAAGAAAUUAUUUAGUUGUUUUGGUUAAAAAAUAA